UUCUGCGUUCCAUGGAGGCGUUUGAUCCUGCCGAGCUGCCCGAGCUGCUUAAGCUUUAUUACCGAAGGCUCUUUCCCUACGGCCAAUACUAUCGCUGGCUCAACUAUGGCGGAGUGGUAAAGAAUUACUUUCAGCAUCGUGAAUUUUCAUUCACAUUGAAAGAUGAUAUUUACAUUCGCUACCAAUCCUUCAACAACCAAAGUGAUCUGGAAAAGGAGAUGCAGAAAAUGAAUCCAUACAAGAUUGAUAUUGGCGCAGUAUAUUCCCACAGACCCAAUCAACACAAUACAGUGAAGCUGGGAGCUUUCCAGGCUCAGGAAAAAGAACUGGUGUUUGACAUUGACAUGACAGACUAUGACGAUGUGAGGAGAUGUUGCAGUUCUGCAGACAUAUGUUCCAAGUGCUGGACCCUUAUGACGAUGGCCAUACAUAUCAUCGACCGAGCACUGAAAGAGGACUUUGGAUUUAAACAUCGUCUCUGGGUAUAUUCUGGAAGGAGAGGUGUUCAUUGUUGGGUCUGUGAUGAAUCAGUUAGAAAACUGUCCUCUGCAGUACGUUCUGGGAUAGUUGAAUAUUUGAGUCUGGUAAAGGGUGGUCAAGAUGUUAAAAAGAAAGUUCACCUAAGUGAAAAAAUUCACCCUUUUGUCAGAAAAUCUAUAAACAUAAUUAAAAAAUACUUUGAACAAUAUGCCUUAGUUGAUCAAGAUAUUCUUGAGAAUAAAGAAAGCUGGGAUAAAAUUUUAGCCCUUGUUCCUGAAACAAUGCGUGAUGAACUUCAACAAGGCUUCCAAAGGCAUAGCAAUUCACUUCAGCGUUGGGAGAAUUUGAAGAACACCAUCAACAAAUAUCAGAAAAACAACAAAAAUGACAAAUGUGGACCCUGGCUUGAGUGGGAGAUCAUGCUCCAGUAUUGUUUUCCACGACUGGAUAUCAAUGUUAGCAAAGGAAUCAAUCAUUUACUGAAGAGCCCUUUUAGUGUUCAUCCUAAAACAGGUCGCAUUUCUGUGCCUAUUGACUUACAGAAAGUGGAUCAGUUUGAUCCAUUUACUGUUCCAACCAUAAGUUCCAUUUGCCAUGAGUUGGAUGUUAUUUCUACUAAAGAAGAAAAAGAGAAUGGAGCUGAAUCUGAUAUUAAACACAGAACCAGAGAUUAUAAGAAGACCAGUCUAGCUCCUUUUGUAAAAAUUUUUGAGCAGUUUCUUGAAAACCUGGAUAAAUCCCGAAAAGGAGAACUUCUCAAGAAGAGUGAUUUACAAAAAGACUUCUGAAGACAACAGCUCCUUUUAUAUGAAUAUGGAUUAUCGUCUACCAUCAACCAAGAAUCAAAUACUUCAAGAGCCAUUUAAUAAAUGUAGCAGAACUGUG